GCCAUCCAAUUUUUUAUCAAGCUUUCCUAUGCAAAUGAUAAUCAUAGCUUACGAUCUUUCAUCAUCUCAGCAGAUUUGUCAAAGUUCAACAUAUUUAUGUACGAGUACGUUAACAUUUUUGUUGAAUAUAGAAAACGAUAAAUAAGAUUUUAUCAGCACGAGUUAUGCUCCAAGGCCUUUUCCUGGAUGGAUUGUAGAUCACAUGACAUUUUCCAGCCUUGAAAACGCAGAGUAAACGAUGAGCGUGUGAUGGCGUGAGCCACUCUAAAUAACGGAGCCCAUUUAUUUGAUUGGACAUAAACGUUGAUGGUAGUUCACUGGGAAAGGUUGAUCUAGAAAGAUGGCUUCUAUGCUUCGAACCUAUCUCCCAUUACGGGAAAAAGGUGACUUCGACGGUGAAGAGUCUGAUGGAGUUGACUAUGAUGUUAUUGUGAUAGGUGCAGGAAUUAUGGGAUCUUGUACAUCAUGGUUUUUAUCAUCUCAAGGCAGGAAAGUUUUACUUUUAGAGCAGUUUCCUCUUCCACACAGUCGAGGCAGUUCCCAUGGGCACAGUCGAAUAAUUCGCACAGCAUAUUCGGAGGAGCAUUUCAAUAAAAUGAUGCCAGAUGCUUUUCAGAUGUGGAAAGACUUGGAAAAAAAAUCAGGAGAAUCAUUAAUAUUAAACACCGGAUUGUUAUGUAUAAGUAGACCUCCCUGCCAUGAAGCGGAAUUGGCUCUGGAUAAUAUGCUGAAGAUAAAACCAGAAGACACUGAAGUACUUGAAUCUCAAACCUUUGAGAGAAAAUUUCCAAUGCUGAAAUAUCAAAACAAUCAUAGUGUUUUCUUUGAUAAAAGUGGAGGUGUUAUCUUAGCUGACAGAGCACUGCGUGCAGUGCAGACACUAUUCAAACAAGCUGGAGGAAUCCUUCUUGACUCUAGUCCUGUAGUCAACAUUUGGCCAGGUGCAAUAGCUACUGUUGUCACAAACAAAGGGUCAUUUCGAGCCAGUUCUGUAGUUGUAUGUGCUGGUUCCUGGACAAAUAAAGUUCUUCAUCACUUGGAAUUGGCGCUUCCACUAAAGCCUCUAAGAAUCAGUACUUGCUAUUGGAGAGAAAAAGAGGCCUACAGAGGACAGUAUUCAGCUCAUAAAGGAUUUCCUUGUUUUAUUGAUUACAACUACCACAGUUUAAACCAUGUCUAUGGAUUGCCAUCACUGGAAUAUCCAGGCCUGGCUAAGAUUUGUCUCCAUGACAGUGAAGAAUGUGAUGCUGAUCAAAGGGACUGGAAUUCCAAAAAAUGGGAUUUAGAGAUUAUUUCUAAUUUCAUAAAAGAGCAUUGUCCUGGAUUAGACUACAGUCCUGCAAUAGUGGAAACCUGUAUAUAUACUUAUUGUUGUUUAGGAACAGGAUUCAAAAUGGCACCAGUUAUUGGAAAGAUCCUUGGAGAAAUGGUAUUGGAUAUUCUUCCUUCCCAUGACCUAACACCUUUUUGCAUAAGUAGAUUUGCUUUAACAAAAGUAAUUAAGUCACAGCUGUGAAUCACAAGAUAUAUAUACAUAUAUAAGACAAACCAACUAUUCGGACUAAAAGCAUGUUAAAAACCAGUUGCUAACAUUAACAGAAUAUAUAUAUUUCAAUAAUACAAAAAAAAUAUUGUUUUAUAGUUAGCCAAAUAAAUACUCAUUAACAUCAAGCCUUAUUUA